AUGGUGUAGACAUCAUAGAGGUUCCAAUUACCAAUUUUUACAGGGUCAUUCUACCAAUAGGAUCCCGUACCAAUUCUUCCCCCCUACCAAAUAAAGCAAUGUAUGAUGAAAAUGAUCCCGGGUUUUAGGGGACUCUGAAAAUCGGAAAUAAGUUCGGAAUCUCGUCUUCAUAAUCGCAAUAGUUGACGUAAUGCUGUCAUAUGUAUCAUUGCCUGCGCUCUGAUAUCGCGUUUAAUUCGUAACGCGAGCUAUUGUUCACUUCCUAUAUUAUACUUUUUCUCCCAGCUACGUUCAUCGCAUCGGAGUGCUUGCAACAUGACCUUACUGGAACUUCUUCGUUCUCGGUUUUUAGGAGGUCUAGUUGAGGAUACAAACGACUAUGGUCGACCUGGGGCGCAUGUUCUCGAGGCCAACGGCUAAGCCGUAUCGAACCGGUAAUCUAGAAUUUGAUGAACAACCUUACUUAAACGAAAAUGGACAUGUUGAUUUUAAACCUGGUGAUAUCGAAAAUCCUCAUAAUUGGACGAACUGGAGACGUUGGUAUGUGACGAUAUGUACGGUGUUACUUGUUGUCAACGCGACCUUUGGAUCAUCGGCUCCAUCCGGUUGUUUCGGGAGUAUCUCUAAAGAAUUUGGAGUGUCUGAGGAAGCAGCCGGACUCACUAUAACCCUUUUCCUUCUUGGUUAUUGUGCCGGACCUCUAGUCUUCGCUCCUCUGUCUGAGUUCUACGGCAGAAGAUGGAUAUUCUACAGCACUUUUCUGCUAUACAUCGCGUUCAAUUUCUUAUGCGCAUUCGCACCGAAUUUUGGAAGCUUGCUCGUCGGCAGAUUUCUCACUGGCACAUUCGUGAGCGCCCCGCUCAGUAACAGUCCCGGUACUCUGGCGGACUUGUGGGGGCCAGUUGAGCGUGGCAAUGCGAUGGCGGUCUUUUCAUGUAUGGUAUGGGCCGGCCCAGCGCUUGGGCCGGUGGUUGGUGGCUUUCUUGAGCUGAAGAAGGACUGGAGGUGGAGUUUUUACGUUUUGCUCUGGCUGGGUGGUGCUAGUGCGAUAACCAUGUUUACGAUCCCGGAGACUUUCGGUCCUAUGAUUCUCGUUAAUAGGGCUCGUCGCAUUCGAAAAGCGAAGAUACCUGGUUACGGAAAUGUCAAGGCCCCGGUGGAAGACGACGAUCGUUCUCUCAUGGGCGUGUACAAGGUGGCCCUCACGAGACCGUGGAUCAUCUUGUUCGACCCUAUUUCCUUCCUCUGUGCGAUAUACAUGUCUGUCGUGUACACGUUGCUAUAUAUGCUUUUUUCCAUUUAUCCGAUUGUAUUCCAGCAGAAACGAGGGUGGAAUGUUGGAGUUGGCGAACUCCCAUUGAUUGGAACAGCGAUUGGUGCAUUCAUCGGUGCCAUCAUCGUCUGGUUUGAUUCUAAACAUAAGGCCAAAAAGCUCGAACAGGGAGUCAAACUAAAACCUGAAGAUCGAUUAACCCUAGGUAUCAUUGGUGGAAUCGGGUUCCCAGUAACCAUGUUUUGGUUUGCUUGGACGGCUGAGUACAACUCGAUUCAUUGGAUAGUCCCAACUAUCGCGGGAGUAUUUCUAGCAGCCUCGCUUAUGCUCAUUUUUGUAGCGUAUCUGAAUUAUCUAGUUGAUUCUUACUUGAUGUACGCUGCAUCCGCGAUCGCGGUGAAUACCGUCUGUCGCUCGGCAUGUGGUGCCGCAGCGCCUUUGUUCACAGAUUACAUGUUCGAUACCCUCGGCGUUGGGGGUGGUGGUUCGUUAAUUGGAGGCGUCGCGACGUUACUCGCUGUAAUUCCGUUCGCUUUUUAUAAGUAUGGUGAACGAAUUCGUGUGCAUUCAAGAUUCGCACCUACCGAUCUAGAGAAACCCGACGAUGAAGAGGCGCAGCGAAACAAGAAAGAAAAGUCAACAGAACAGCGCCCCGACAUUCCAUUGGCGGGGUCAAAAUCAUCUAGUACGGUGGCAGGGUAUGAGGAUAGCGAAACACAUGUUGAAAAGCGACGUGAAGAACAAGAUGACGAUGUUCAGAAUGCGUUGGGGGAACCAAGGGACGAGAACGUACAGUUUGGACGUCAUUAAGAGAAAUGUUGAUGAAGUUAUGUCUAUAGAUUUUGAAUAUUACAAAGACUUGAUUUCCAAGGUUGUGAGCCGUAAUAUUAGUGAGCUGGGUA